AUGGCUGAAGCUCUUCCUGAUGAGUCUGGCGAGACUCAAGAGGUCGUUGCUCGUCCUCCCCCCUUCGAGCGUAAGGAGGCGCCCGUCACACAGUGGGCUGAGCCUGCCAAGUAUGAUUACGAGGCCCUCAACGCGGGCACCACUGGCGAGUGGGAUGGCAAUGCUCGAGUCUACGAGUUCGACGAAGAUGAGGGUGAUGUUGGCCCGGAGCAUGAGGAGCUCGAGGUCAUGCUGUUUGGAAAGCGCGAGGAUCGUGAUCCCUCUGGCAUCGAUUUCAGCAAAAUUGCCCAGAUCGACGUUCUUCAGGAGGGUCUCACUCGCAUUGAGCCCAUCAGAACCUUCGACACUGCUGGCCUCCACCCCGUCAUGUUGAAGAAUGUUGAGCUCUGUGGAUACAAGACUCCUACGCCUAUUCAAAAGUACUGUAUUCCCGCUAUCAAGAUGGGACACGACAUCAUUGCCAUCGCCCAGACGGGCUCCGGCAAGACCGCUGCUUACCUGAUUCCCAUUCUGAACUACCUCAUGGGAAAGGCCAAGAAGCUGGCGGCCCACCGGCCCAAUCCCGCCGAUGUCAAGGUCAAUGCUUACACUCCCGUCCGCGCGGAGCCUCUGGUCGUCAUUGUCUGCCCGGCUCGAGAACUUGCGAUUCAGAUCUUCAAUGAGGCUCGCAAGUUCUGCUACCGAACCAUGCUUCGACCCUGUGUCGUCUAUGGUGGUGGUCCGAUGCGAGACCAAAUCAACAACCUGCAGCGAGGUUGCGAUGUCUUGAUCGCCUCCCCUGGUCGGCUCAUCGACAUGAUGGAGCGGCCGGAUAUUUUGACGCUCCGCCGAGUGAAGUACAUGGUUAUCGACGAGGCCGAUGAGAUGCUUCAUGCUGAUUGGGAGGAGGAAUUCAACAAGAUCCUCUCUGGUGGUGAGCAGGAAGAGGGCAACAUCAAGUACAUGCUCUUCUCGGCGACGUUCCCCGUCGCCGUUCGCAAGCUUGCCAAAACCCACCUAGCCGAGUCUCACGUCCGCAUUCGCGUGGGUCGUAUCGGCAGCACGCAUCAGAACAUCAAGCAGGACAUUGUCUGGGUAGACCCCCACAUGAAGAAGCGUGCCCUGCUUGACCUUCUCUGGUCUGUCGAACAGCCUGGUCGCACCAUCAUCUUCACCAACUACAAGCGCAUGUGCGAUGAGUUGGAUGACUACUUGUUCCACAAUGACAUGCCCUGUACCUCGAUGCAUGCCGACAGAACCCAGCGUGAGCGUGAGGAUUCGAUGCGCGCUUUCCGGUCUGGAAAGACUCCUCUUUUGAUCACGACUGGUGUCUCGGCCCGUGGCAUUGACGUCCGCAACGUCAAGCACGUCAUCAACUACAAUCUUCCCAGCAUUGACCACGGCGGAAUCGAGGAGUACACCCAUCGCAUUGCAGGCCGUACUGGUCGCAUCGGUCACAAGGGCCUCGCGACUUCGUUUUAUAGCGAGAGCGACGAACCCCUCGGCCCUCUGCUGACGUUGACCCUCCUUGAGACCAAGCAAGAGAUUCCCGACUUUCUUGAGCAGUACCGCCCCGAAGGCGAGGCUGCUGAGAAGCUCAAGUUCGAGCCUGACUCGGAUGAGUACGAGGAGGAAGUUGUCAAUGGUGGCGAUACUGGUGGUGGCGCCGAUGACUGGGGCAACACUGACUCCAAGCCUGCUGAGACUGGUGGUGAUGGCUGGGGUGGUGGCAACAAUGCCUCGUGGUAA